AGUACAAUUGUCAUUUUGUAGAUAGCGUGGUAUGAUCGUUUGUAUUUCGUAUGUGGAGGGGAUUAAAAAAAAAAAAAAAAAGUCAUAUGAUGCGUAUCUUAUGCAGCUGACGGGACAGAGAUUGGACUGGUCUGACAGCUGAGCAGGUUGUUGUUGUGUGAGGAGGGUUGUGUGAUUUGGCAGUGUGGUGUGCAGGUUUGAGGGGGUCGUUCGUGUAGCGGGAACUUCAUGCGUAUGGGUGAAUACAACAUCAAUAAAACACUUCAUCUGAAGUAGUGACUAAGACAAUUGAAGUGAUUACGAGAGUUUUAACAUUCUUACUUCGAAAGACGUCUUCUGGCGCAGCACAACAUUUGUUAAUAGAAGCGCUGAUCUGGGCUUACCUCACUGCGGGAGUUAGCCCAGGUAAUUUAGUACUUUUGUAACGAAAACUUUUGACAUCGAGCGAUGGCGCAGCAACCUACGAGUAGUGCUCUGCGUGCCCUCGCGUUGGAAUACAAAAGUUUGUUGGACGAGCCAGUUGAAGGAUUUCGCGUAAAACUUGUUCACGAUGACAAUUUGUUCGAGUGGGAGGUAGCAAUAUUUGGACCUCCAGACACACUGUAUCAAGGAGGAUAUUUUAAGGCGCACAUGAAGUUCCCGGCAGACUACCCGUACUCGCCGCCCAGUAUACGGUUCCUCACCAAGGUGUGGCACCCCAACGUGUACGAGAACGGGGACCUGUGCAUCUCCAUCCUGCAUCCCCCGGUGGACGACCCCCAGAGCGGAGAGCUGCCGUGCGAGAGGUGGAACCCCACACAGAACGUCAGGACCAUCCUGCUGUCGGUGAUCUCCCUGCUCAACGAGCCCAACACCUUCAGUCCAGCCAACGUGGAUGCCUCUGUCAUGUACCGGCGCUGGAGGGAGUCGCGGGGCAAGGACAAGGAGUACGAGAACAUCAUCAGGAAGCAGGUGUCGGCGGCGCGGCUGGAGGCGGAGAAGGACGGCGUCGUGGUGCCCAUCACGCUCGAGGACUACUGCAUCAAGACGCGCGUCAAGCAGCCCGAGCACUCCGACAUGGCCGACUUCUACGACGACGACUACGACCUGGACGACGACGACGACGAGGGCGACUACGACGACUCGGACGCCGACUACGACGACGGCGACGACAGCGGCAAUGGCGAGUCGUGAUCUCGGCCGCCCCCCGCCUGAGCCCCACCCCCCCGCGGAGUGCCCGGGACCGAGUGAGUCGCGUCGGGAGUGAACUCUUGGACCGUCGCGCUACCUUCGUCGUCGGCUACGCAGCUCAUGAUGUUUCAACUUAUGUUUCUCCUCUCCUUCAGUGUGAUGUAGAGUCCGUAGUUAGCGUUUUGUAAAUAUUGUUUUUUUUUUUGCACCGCCCUUGCGGGGUGCCGGUUUUACCAAAUAGCUUAACUUUUUUAAUAGAUUUUAGAGGAACGCGAAAGUGAAAUUGAAAGUGUGGAUUCAAAGCUUCAAGUUCUUUAAAUGGUGAUUGUAUUUGUCUGCAAAAAAAAUAUUGUCUUGAUUAAAAAAAAUGUAUUUGUGAGCUUUGGUGUAGUUUACCAGAUAGACUAUGCAAACUCUUUUAAAAAAUCUGUCAUUGGGGCCUUGACAAGAGGAUUUGAGGAAAUGUGAAGAGGUGAUGUCUAAGAGUCAUUUCUUUCAGACAGCAUUUCACAUUAAGGUCUUGCAAAAAGUGAAUAUUCUUAUAGUAGAUAAAAAAUAUCCAUGUGUUAAGUAAGCAUAGCAUACACAAGAAUGCAGGUCACAAACUGGAGCCUAUUUUGUUCUUCUUGAGCACAAUUGCAAGUAUGCAUGAGAUAAGCAAGACAUGAACUUGCUCUUGACCACAAAUUCAGAAGUGACUUUAUGCCUGGAGUUUAAUUUUAAAAGAGAGAUUCUUUUUUGUAAUAUGUGAAUUUGAGGUUUUUGCAUCUUGCUGUAUAUAAUUACUUAAGAGAACAAAAUAACUUAAAAUUAACACUGAAUGUGUAUAGCUCUGUUGUCACAUCCAAAAAUUGUGAAUUCUAUAUGAAGUUACAAAUACUGAACUCAUAAUACUAAAUAUUUUGUAUACUUACUUUGAAUCAAUAUGGUCAGUAUAGUUCUAUUGGAGAUUGUAUGUAUUUGUGUACUGAAAACUUACUAUCAGAAGUUUAGUCAAUGUUAUUUUCAGACUGUAUUACAUAAUACUUAAUCCAGCAAGACUGCAACCGUCCAGUUGGGAAUUUUAUUUUGUGUAUAACUCAUUUAUUGUAUUUGGUGACAUUAUUUUGAAAAGUUUUUGGAGAUUGCUUUUAAGUACACUAAAAAAAAUUAAAUUGCAGUCAGCUCCCCAAAAAACACAAUCACAAAUAUUUCCCAGCGUUGAGUACUGUAGUUCAAUUGGCCUGUUCUAUACAGUAUGCUUGUUUGUAUGUCUUUAAAAGUAUUAGAUUUCAUGAGGUCACAGUUAUUUGAAUGCUAAUUUUUGUAAGAAAUUCAUGUAAAAUAAAUUUUGUGUAAACAAAUAUUUUAGAAAUGCUCAAGUUGUCUUCUGAUAACAAUGCAGUAUGCCAUGUUAGCCAAGCAAUUAUAUUAGUUGUAUACAGAAUGUCCAGCAUAAGGGAAAACUGGGAAAAGCCAGGGAAAUACACUGGCCAAAAAAAUAAUUAGGGGUUCAGUCAAAAAUUAGGAUCCAACAGACAUAAUUAUAUGAUCACACAAAAAGAAUUAGGGUGUCGGACAAGCUGUGUUUUCAGUAGCAGUACUAUCGACAGUCCGUCAGAACAGGGGGCAGAAUGCAGUUCUACUGCAACGUGCCUUGCAGGAUGCAGGGUGUCGUCUCAAACUGGCCAUAAUAGUCUUCAUGCAGGUGACCUCUAUGGCAUAGGCUCAUCAUUGCUAGCACUGCACAGUCUGUUAAUACUGGGCGGAGGAACAGUAUGGAUGGGAGCAUGCCAAUUGGAUAUUAGUUCUGUUCUCCGAGUGGCAAUUAAGUGUGGAAACUGAUAAUCGACGUAUUCUCAUCUGGAGUGAACGUGAAAACCUAUACAACGCAGCGAGGCUCUGGUAUUAAUCCUCUUAUUAUUUUUGUCUGAUCCCUCUAUUUUGACUAAUUUAAAUUAAUGUUAACUAGGGAAUACUCAUCAGGUAUCACCAACCCACUAGCUUCCCCACGCAUAUUGUAUUUGGGUUCAGUUUUUGUUGCAAUGCUGGUAUGCCAAGAAUUUUCGCUAAACAGAGUUGUAUUUUUCGGCAUGUGAGGCUAAACACUGUGAUUGUGCCGCAGAGUGUGAUGUAGGAAGCAUCAGUUUGUGCAUAGUUUUUAUGUUUCUUGUUUGUGUGUCGACAGUUUUGUUACAACAUUGAAGAAUAUGUAAGGAAUUUGUGACUAUGGCAGUGUUGGGAAGUAAUAAAAACAUUUAUAUGGACGUUUUCCAUAAAUAUUUUGGUCCUGGAAAAAGUCGGGGAAUUCUUUUUGUGGGUUUGCUGGACAUUCUGUUAUAAAAAAAGAAGUCAUGAUGCUGGCAUUAGAGAAGGAAAAAAGACUGUAAAUAUACAAAUGCACUUGUACGUGUGCAACCAUGAAAUUCACACAGUUACAUGGGACAGUGGUUUUUGGGAGCACAACUAGGCUAAAAUGUGCAAUGUUGUUUGGAAUCUUUUGGUCGAGUGACAAACUAGCAGUGGUUGAAACACCAGUACUUAUCUAAAAAGAAAAAUCUCUUAAGUUUCUUACUUAAAACAUGUUUUGUCCUGUAUACAUGCAUGAUUUUUAGACUAGACAUUAUACAUAUUUUAUGUAGUUGGUUAAAAGUCAUUGAUUAAAAUGGGGGGUGGGCCAGUUUCCAAUGUGAAAUGGUAAAAAAAAAAAAAAAAAAAAAACACACACACAUUAGGUGUUAGAGAAUAUUAUUGCUUUAUCGGGAUUCGAACUGGAAUCACAUGUUUAGUGUCUUGCCAUGCCACCUUCUUGCUUUCUUUGCGUCCUGAAAGUCUCGGAGCAACUACUUUGGGAGGCUUAGGGGAAGAGAAUAUCCAAGGGUUUUGUAAGCUUGCUAGCGGAAAUAAGCCUUAACCCCUUGGUAUUAUUGGACAGCCAAGGCAAAGAUGGAGUAGUAGUGUAAUGUAUUUUCUUCAAUAAACUAUUGAAACUGA